AUGCAGAGGGUGUUAAGUGCGUGGCGCAAGACGCGUAGGGCGUCCGCUAAAGAGGGUCACGAGGUGCCUUGUGAGUUGCAAGAUGUUUUGACGAAGCUGCGCAAGCUCGGUCGGCGUGCAACGCUAGAGGAGUUCAAGGAGUCGCCGCUGGUGGCCAAACUAAACUCCCCCAUUCAGUUUCAUGGAUUGGGCAACAUGAUCUACAACAACUCGAACGAAAACGAUGAGGAGGUGCAGAAGGCGCUACACGUGUGGAAGAUCGCUAUGGACAAGGGAAGUGAGAAGGCCAAGUUUAGCUAUGCCUUGUGCUUGAAAAAAGGCAUCGGCUUUCCGAAGAAGGAUGCGGCGAGUGCUACCAAGUAUUUUAAGGAGUUAGCCUCAUCUGGACAUGGAUGGGGGUCAUUCGCUUAUGCCGACGCCUUGAACAAUGGUGAAGGCACACGCAAGAACGUGGAAAAGAUAUUCGAGCUGUACAAGAAAUGCGCUGAAGCAGGCAUCCCUCCGGCUUUCAUAAAUGUUUCCAACAUGUACACUUCAGGUACGGGAACGAAUAAGAACGAACAAGAGGCAUUAAAGUGGCUCAUCAAAGCUGCUGAGGCCGGUGAUCCGACUGCUAAAUCCCGGUUGGGUGAGUACUACUCACAUGGUAAGGGUGGCGUGCAGAAGAACCAGGCUCGCGCUGUCCAGUACUACAAGGAAGCCGCGAGUGCUGGCAUCAUUUUGGCGCAGUUCAACCUUGGUUAUCUCUUCCUUACUGGAGACGGAGUGCCGCACGACCCAUUGCAAGCUGAGGCUCUCUUUCGUAAGGCUGCUGAGAAAAAUUUCGUGAUGGCCAUGGUCAACCUUGCCCAGAUGUAUCGCACCGGGUACGGCGAGGUGCCAAAGGACCUGGAAACAGCGCGCAAGUGGCUAGAAUUGGCUUCUCCGCACGAUCCGAAUGCUAAGGAGCUGCUGAAGGCGAUGACGGAGUCAAAAGAUGCUAAGCAGGAAAUUGCCGCCAACAAUUGAUGCAGCGCUACGGUUUU